AUGCCUCCACACCAUCUUGAGGGCCGCAAUAGCCCAUCGAAGAGGCGAGUGCACAGGGAAGAUUAUACCGAAGAAAAUGGCGAAACGUUCUCGCGCAGGCGAGCGCAGUCUGCUGCCAAUCUGGAAGCUCCUGACGUUGGCACCGGGCGCCCCAUUAGCCAACAUAGCAAACAUAGUCGAGCAAGCUCCGAUUUCUCUUUACUAAAGGGUUUCUCCAAUCCACCAAUUAACGAAAACUACCGAGCACAGUCGUCCCGUAGCCCCAGGCAAGGUCAUGUAGCCAACUCGAAUCCCGAGGCAGGAGAACUGGGCCAAGCGCAAACACUCAAUAACAUGUUGAGGACUCCUGGCAUUCGACUCGAUAGACCCAGUACCGAUUCGUUCUUGGAUGUGGAUGAGUCGGAUGCAGAAUCCUAUCGAUACUCCGAUGACAUCCCGAUACUUCAAAGAAAUGACGAUAGCACGCUGGAUAAGCAAGCGAAGAUGGCAGGCGUAACAUUCGAUGAGCUAGUUGACCGACUUCUUGCUCCUCGCUUGACAAGAGUCGACAACAACUUCUCUGAUGUUUUUCUCUGUCUUUAUCGCAAGUUUGCAGCUCCUGGUGAGCUAUUUACUGCCAUUUUAACCCGACUGGAUAAAGUGAGAGACGAUAAGACAGCGCAUUACCUUUCCAAGACCGCCACACAGCUCCGAAUCAUUGAAGUGGUCGCGAAAUGGGUGUCGCUUUACCCCGGUGACUUCGCCCGCCCUCAAACUAGACGAAAUUUGGAGGAGUUUAUCAGGCAUCUGAGUACAGAACCGAUUUUCUCAAUCGCAGCGCAACAUAUGCGACGACACCUCCAAUUCAAUGUCGUAGAAGAUGACGAUACAGGUUGGGCAAACUCGGACGAGACUAGCGAUAAGCUCGCAAGCGAGAUCUUGUCAAAGGACAUGAACGAGCUGUCGUCGGGUGUGAGUGUGUUGACGGUGGAGUCGGAUAUGGACGUAAGACCAUCUGGAAGCUCGGAGGUCUCUCUUGCGGACAGAAGCAGCAGUGUCUCGAGCCAGGUGCAUUUUCACACGUUUGAGGACUACGAAAGAGCUGCAAGCAACCUGGAACCUACGGACAACUUACCUAUGAACAAAUUCCGCUACCAUAUAUUCAUGGACAUCCCCGAUGAUGAUGUUGCGGACGAGCUGACCAGAAUCGACUGGAUCAUGUUUUCCUCAAUUCGAAUACGCGAUUUUGUUCGACAUGUCAGCCUAUCCGCCUCCCAAAAAGAGCGUUGCAAGAGUUUACGGAAUGUGAAUCGAAUGAUCAACCAUUUCAAUCAUGUUGCCAAAUGGGUUGCCAACAUGAUACUGCUGCGGGACAAGGCCAAACAUCGAGCGCUUAUAUUAGAGAAGUUCAUGAAUAUUUCACUUAAGCUGCGGCAACUGAACAACUACAAUGGACUGGCAGCCAUUCUAGCAGGUGUGAACGGAACAGCCAUUCAUCGAUUAAAUCAGACGAGAGCACUAGUACCAGCAGAAGUCCAAAAGCGGUUUGCGCGGUUGGGCAUAUUGAUGGGAACUCAGAAGAGUCAUUUCGCCUACCGCCUAGCCUGGGAAAACUCCUCCCUCCCCCGGAUUCCUUUCAUUCCCCUUCAUCGAAGAGACUUGGUGUCAGCGGAGGAGGGUAGCAGAACAUUUGUCGGCACUGAUGGUGAUCGCAUCAAUUGGAAGAAGUUUGAGGUUCUAGGCGAGGUCCUGUUACCAAUCAUGAAGAGCCAGAGCACAUCAUACCCAAAUCUAACCAAGCACGAUACUGCAAGAGAACUGAUUCUGGGUUGUCGCAUGCCAACGGAUGAAGAGGUGAGAUUCAGUUGCAUGAUCUCCUGA